AUGGCAACGCUCAAACCGCCAACAAAUACACACCGCUCCUCGUCAUCAUCUCAUAGCUCUGGUCCACCAAAAGCCCCCGUAAAAGCCGAUGUCACCGCCACAAUCGCCGAUACCGUCGUCUUCCAGGGCACCUACCCGGUGACCAUCGGCGCAGGAACCGUGGUGCACCCUCGUGCGCGAUUCUACGCAUAUGAGGGACCAAUAUAUGUCGGCGACAGCUGUGUAAUCAGCGAGAAAGCCGUGAUCGGAGCAGCGCCUAGUCCAUCGAGUCGAUCAGCGUCGCCGUCCAGAACCGCAGAUCCAAACACAAGCCCCGAAUCCGGGACAGGGACAAACUCGAAGAAAGAGGCAGUGACACGGAUCUCAUAUUUUGUCACUGUUGGUCCGUUAUCGACCAUUGAACCAGGAGCGCAUGUUCAUUCAUCUGCUAGCAUUGAAGCUCUUGCGAUCAUCCGCCGUGGUGCCGACGUCGGGUCUCACUCGAAGGUGUGUUCGGGCGUUGAAGUUGCUGCCAAUGGCCCUGUCGGUGAAUGGUUUGUAGUCUGGGGCUCUGGGCCUGGACAGCGGAGGAAGAGAGCGCGUGGUGCGAAAGCCAUGAGCCCGGCUGUGAUUGGCGCCUCACAGAUCACACAAGCGCCUCUUCCUGCUCCUGCGCCGGAGGGGAGGGUUAUUGAGGAUGCGAGGUUGAUGGUUUUGCAGAAAGAGAGAGAGGUGCUGGCGAGGAUGCUUAUUCCUGCUGCUGGCGGGAGAAAAAAAUGA